GAGCGAUCGGUUUUCCAUUCUUCCUUUUACUUCGUCAUGGCGCGAGAAUCUAACGCAGAGGUCGCGCCUCCUGAGGUACAUCACUACAACGACCUCAGCGAAGUGCCUUGGGACAUUCAGAACUACUGGGCGCAACGAUACAAGAUCUUCUCCAAGUAUGAUGAGGGGGUGUGGCUGACUGAUGAUGCCUGGUUCGGUGUCACACCAGAACCUGUGGCCAAUAAGAUAGCGGAACACAUGGCCGAAUCCGCACCCGCAGGACGCAGUAUCCUGGUUGACGCAUUUGCCGGCGCCGGUGGAAACUCCAUUGCUUUUGCGCUGUCGGGCAAGUGGAAGCGCGUCUAUGCUAUCGAGAAGAACCCCGCCGUGUUGCAGUGCGCAAAACACAAUGCCAAGAUCUAUGGCGUAGCAGACAAGAUCACUUGGUUCGAGGGAGAUUGCUUCGAAAUCAUCAGAGACAAACUCAAGGAUCUGGCUCCGUACAGCGUUCUGUUCGCCAGCCCACCCUGGGGCGGGCCUGGAUAUCGCUCUGAUACAGUGUUCAAUCUGAACACCAUGGAACCAUACUCUCUUGCAACGCUUUAUAAUGAAUAUUCUCUCUUCACGGAGCACAUGGUGCUCUUCCUCCCACGGACAUCGGACGUGAAACAGAUGGCCAAGGUUGUCAAGGAUGGUAAGAAGGCAACGAUUAUGCAUUACUGCAUGGAAGGUGCAAGCAAAGCGUUGUGUGUCUACUAUGGCGGGUUUGAUCUCCAAUAAUUGCUCUUAUGUUCUUUUCUGCCGGUUGCUUAUUAGAACUUGAUCGGAAACACCAGAUGUCUUCAGUGUAUAAUAAUAUGACUCGUAUGCCUCAAUGGAAUACCCUACUAGAC